AUCACCUCUGCCUGCGUCUACGUCUGCGUCUCGGGCUACGGUCCAUCUAAGGAGCAUAUUUUCAAAAUGAUGCCUUUCGUGACUUUCCCGCAACUAGUUGAGUUUUGGAUGUCAACACGAGGUACACGCGCGCGAUGGCGAUGCAGCAAACCAAUCCAGUGCGAUAGACAACGCGUGAUAACUCGGCUAUUCCUUCCACAGGAAUUAGACUUGAUACUCAGGCCGGCCAUCAAUCCGCCUGACUCAAUGAUAAACUAGUCUUGCAAUAACUAAAAAGGAGAAAGAGCGUAACAUGGAGGAUCUCACGCGGGAGAACGCCAUGGCCUAUAAUGCCUGUGAACACAACAACCACGUACAGAACAACAAAUCACAAAUGUGCUCGAUAAAAUCACACAAGUUGCAUCAGCUGCCGCCAAACGGCUUGCUCUCUACAAAUAUACCCUGCAUAAAGAUAGAUCCGGAUGGAGGUCAGAUUAUUGAAACGGAGCGCUGGCAGAACACGUCAGUGACUGAUCACAUGCGCUUGGAUCCGUUGAAUACCAACAAGCUGCUGCUACAAGGCUCUGAUGAUCCUUUGAUCUCGCACGGAGCCAGCAAUGAUCCACAUGAUGAAGAUCAGGACUAUCCCUUCAAGACGUUGUUGGCUCGCAGAACGGAGGAGCAGCAAACAAUGCAGAAUAGGGCAUGCAGCACGCUCACAAAGCAGCAGCUGAAAGCUAAUCUGAUGAAUGCUAGGAAAGAGCAUAGACAACCGGUGCCGGAAUUAUCCGUACCAACACAAAGAAUAUCGCGACAGAGCAAAUCAAAGAAACGCUCAACCUCCAACACAGGAGCAGUAAAAUUGCGCUUCCAUCAUCAGGCCUUGCCCGCAGAGUAUGCUGCCCACUAUGAGGCAACGCAGAGGCGCCAUUUGUCGAGCACUCGAACAGCUCUAGCUGCAGCCCCCGCCGUGAAGGCCACACAUCCGCCUCAGAACCAGUCGCACGAGAACGUGCGCAGCUGGCUCAAAAAGAUAGCCGACAUCCAGAGAAGUGCAGAGCGGCAGCAACAAGAACAGGAACUAUGUAAGGAUCCUCGAUCAGAGGUACCAUCUGAGUCGAUACCAGCAGCUACAACCCAAGCGCUACAGCCCGUUAUAGAGGUAUCGAGCCCAAAGCGCGGCAACACUAUCAAAUAUGCCGACCUGCCUUACAUGGGCGAAAUCACGUUGGAUAACUAUAAGCCCCGACGCGGACGGAAGCCAAAGAAGGCGGACAUUUGUCAUUUGAUCUACAAGAACUAUGGCACCAUCGUCCCAACCAACGUUCCGACGUCUGCUGGGCACGGUCCACUGGUUGAAUCCAAGCUUCCAGGUACUGCGUCAGCGCUCCCACACCGGAUUGUGGGCAGCUCAUCCGCAACUGGCGUUCCGCUAGAAGAGCCCCUGAAUCUCUGCUUGCGGGAUCAAUCCAGUGACCGUUACUCAAUAUCAAGCGGCGACAGUGACAAGCCGUCGACAGUUACAAAUACCGCCACGUCCACCACAGAGGGCGGAAGUUACUCGCAGCGUGCAACACCAUUGACAGAUCAUACAGGAUCUAUGAAGCCUAUAUCAAUUAACUUUGCUACAGAAAAGGAGACCAGGAUAUCUAAGAAGUUAUUGUUACAGCCUGUGGGACUAUACCACCAAAAGUUCAUGGGAAACUGCCGCGUGCAAGUUGAGACCAUUGAAAAAGACAAUCAACUAUCAUUAAAGAUACCCAUACCAAGUGGGUUCUUUGACACCAUAACCACCAUCACCACCUCACCUAACAAGCGAGACCCGUUGGAGCUAUCGAUCGAUACCGUCACACCGUCUGCCAUGCACAAACGUAAGCGAUCGGCGAUUUUUAUACCACCCAUACCGGCCGAGCACAGCUCCAGCCCCUCCACCGAGGUCAGCAUUUGCAAGUUUAAGUUUACGGGCGGAGCUAAGCCUAUGCUAGAGGAGAAGAAGAUGUUGUCGGUAGAUGCCGAAGGCAACUACCGAUAUUACAAUGGCACUGGCGACAGGACCCUGCGUGGCUACGAGUUCAUAUCACGAGAGCAGCAACAGCAGCAGCAUCAGCAGCACACAUCAGUUUCAUCCACCACCAGCAAUGAUAAACUAUAUAUCGAUAUACCACCGCCCUCGACGGAUCUCAGCCUGGAACUGUUGCACAUACCACCCGAAUCCCCAACAUCAUCUAUUUUGUUGCCGAGCAGCCUGGUGCCAGUCGCAUCGCAAAGUCCGUCCAAUUACUCCAACUGCCAUAGCCCCAUGCGACACACAACGCUACAGCCCGAAGAUAGCAGUAAGCAGUUGGAUCCCCCUGAACAGCUACAUAGAUCACUAGCGAGUCCAAGGCCUGUGACGACGCCAACAGGAAAGAGGGGACGCUCAUCGCGCCGCUCCAAACAGCGUGAGAAACUUGAAAAGACAUUUAAAGAAAAAGGAUUUUUAAUACAAACGCAACAACUGCAGUCAGCCGAGGGCGCUACGUAUUGCAAAUUUAGACAACUGAAGAAAUUUACGCGCUACCUCUUCCGCAACUGGAAGGAUCAUAUACCCGAAAGUGAUAUCUGCAAGCAUCAUCAUGGCAAGGAUACUGUUUCUCGCGAUCAACACAACGUGCUCGAGAGUAUACUGGCCGGGCAAAUUGGUCUAGGUGUAGAUAAUUUGGCUACAGUGCAUGCCGCAGCAAAUCACGCCACGUAGUGGGUCCCGUAUGAGCUUUACAUAAAUUACUGCGAUUAUGAAUAAACACACUGCCAAAGAUUGAUAGAUUUAAGAAAGAAUUGUCGAGGGAAAUGUCAUGUUUUCGCUAGACAGCAAUUAUCUACAUACAAUGUUGAUUCCGUCCAAGCUGGCUAAUUUCUAAUUCAUAGCCACGCCUCAAGUCGUUCA